GCUGGAUAUGAUUUUAGCAUACUUAAUUUCUUAAAAGUUAUUUUGGUUCACUGUUUUUAAUUGAAAAUACUUUGAAAAUGGAGCCUCCAACAAAACAGCAAAAGACGGAAGAUAAUGAUCUUAAGGAGAUACUUUUAAACAUGCAAGUUACAUUCAUUAACAAACUAAAGACCAUAGAAAAGAAGAUCGAUAAAAUCAGCUCUCGCUACCAUGUUUUGGGUGAAAGAGUUGAAAAUGUAUUAUUGAAAAUUAAGGAAUCUUCUCUUAAAGAAGUGAUUAGUCUGCCAACUUCUGUUGAAGGUAAAGCUCCAACUCACACCUUUCCCAAUACUGAAGAUUCUUAUCCAGAUGGUUGUUGGCUUGGUAACCCUAAUGAUCCAGAUCUUCGUGUGAGAUGUGGAAUCACUCCAUUAGAAUUAGAAGAUAUCAACAGUUCCUGUACAACACCUGAGAAAAUGAGCUUGACCUUGUUGGAUCACUUAUUUGAUCGUGAAACUCAAGCGGUAUCUAACAUAUCUGGAACUGGAAAACAUGGGAAAAGGCAGUUAGACCCACUGAAAAUUUAUGGCAUUAAAUGUCAUGUUACAUACAUGUUUGGCAUUAGCAAUGUGCAUUGGCAGCGCAUUAAACAAAAUAUUGAUUCUAAGUGUAGAACAGCAUUUAGAAGAAAACAUAAAGGAAUGCCCUUAAUUUGUAAAGGAGUCAAAGAAAGACAUCUUUCAUUAGGGAAGCCAAAGAAUUUGAAGUCUUGCAAUUCUAAACAUCUUCCACUUGUGGAAAAGCAAGAGCAUGAAAAUUUAACCUCACCAGGAAAAGAACCUCAUUCUUAUGAAUCGUUACACGAAAAUGAUUUCUUUGUUUCUUUGAAUGCAGACUUUACUGAAAGUUUGAAUCAAACACAGAUCAUUCAUACGGAACAUGGGGAUUUCCAGGUUAUUCAAGCGACAGAAGAAGAACUUGAGCAACUUAAAAAAAAUCAUGAAAUUGAAAUUUUAACAGAAGAUGUCUUAUUAAAUGAUCAGCUCAGUAAUGGUUAAAAUGAGUUCACUCUGUAAAAUGAAAAUCAUGUAAUGUAACAAAGUAUUAUAUUUAAUCAUCUUUUAAUCUGCAUUAUUAUGAAUGAAAAAUGUAUAUAGUGUAUAUUAUAUAAAAAGUUAUAUUUUGAACAGAAAAUGUACUUUUUGCACAAUUUAGGAAUACGAAAAUAGAUAUAUAGAUACAAAUAUACAUAAUACAAAUACAUGAGGACCAGCAACAUGAUCUAAACUAGAGAUGCACCAAAUACCAUA